ACAAAAGUCGGUAUGGGUUACAUGCAUGGUUACCACACGUGACACAAUUGUACAAGUCAUCUUCCACGUCGCACACCUUCCCCAAUUAACACCUUCUCUGAACCACCCUCUCGGCGUUCCUUCUCCGUCAACUCGCCGACUCACCUUCUUAUAUAUUCCAACUCACCCCUCAUUCAUUUCUCACAUCAUAUCAUUCUUCUUUUCAAACCCAACAACAAUAACAUCUUUUCAACUUCAAAUGGACACCUUAACCGGAUCACUCAAACACAUCGCCGGAAUAUUCCCCGACCGCCGUGCUCUUUCCGUCUCCGGCAAGUUCGACAUCACACACUCUCGUCUCAAUCAGUUAAUCGACCAUGCUGCUGCCUCACUUGUUGCCGCCGGUGUUAAACCACACGACGUCGUUGCACUCACCUUCCCUAACACCGUCGAGUAUGUGAUCAUGUUUCUGGCCGUGAUUCGAGUACGAGCCACCGCAGCGCCACUAAAUCAAGCCUACACAACCGACGAAUUCGAGUUUUACUUGUCAGAUUCCGAAUCAAAACUAUUAUUAACCGCUAAAGAAGGAAACGAAGCUGCCGAAACCGCCGCAUCGAAGAUCGGAAUCCGUCACGUAACCGCCACGUUAAACGACGUCGCUUUAGGUGUUCACCUCUCCACCGUUUCCGAUUCCGAUCACUCCUCUGUUAAUAAUAUCGUCAACGAGCCGUCCGACGUGGCACUUUUCCUACACACCUCCGGCACCACCAGCCGCCCUAAAGGCGUUCCCUUAACUCAGUUAAAUCUCGCAUCCUCUGUUAACAAUAUUAAAUCGGUAUAUAAACUCACUGAGUCGGACUCGACGGUUAUUGUCCUCCCGUUAUUUCACGUUCACGGCUUACUCGCCGGGUUACUGAGUUCACUCGGCGCCGGAGCCGCUGUGACACUACCGUCAGCCGGUAGAUUCUCCGCGACGUCGUUUUGGUCAGAUAUGAUUAAAUACAAUGCCACGUGGUACACAGCUGUCCCCACCAUCCAUCAAAUUAUUCUAGACCGUCAUUUAACUAAACCCGAAUCGGAUUACCCGAAGCUCCGGUUCAUCCGGAGCUGCAGCGCCUCGCUUGCGCCGAGUAUUUUAGCUCGACUCGAGGAGGCGUUUAACGCGCCGGUUUUGGAAGCGUACGCCAUGACGGAAGCAACUCAUCUCAUGGCAUCAAACCCGUUACCCGAAAACGGGCCGCAUGUACCCGGGUCGGUUGGUAAACCCGUGGGUCAGGAAAUGGCGAUUUUGGAUGAAAACGGUGUGGAACAGAAAGCUGGGGCGAAUGGUGAGGUUUGUAUUCGGGGCCCGAAUGUUACAAGCGGGUAUAAGAAUAACCCGGAAGCGAAUAAAUCCGCCUUUUUGUUUGGGUGGUUUCAUACGGGUGAUAUCGGGUAUUUUGAUUCUGAUGGGUAUUUGCAUCUUGUGGGCCGGAUCAAGGAGCUCAUCAACCGAGGAGGGGAGAAGAUAUCACCCAUUGAGGUGGAUGCAGUGCUUCUGUCGCACCCUGAUGUGGCUCAAGCUGUUUGUUUUGGUGUGCCCGAUGACAAAUAUGGUGAAGAGAUAAACUGUGCAGUGAUACCAAGAGAAGGGUCGGGGCUUGACGAGGAAGAGGUGUCGAGAUUCUGCAAGAAGAAUUUGGCGGCUUUUAAGGUUCCUAAGAAGGUGUUCAUCACCGAUUCAGUUCCAAAAACCGCGACAGGGAAGAUCCAGAGGAGGAUUGUAGCGGAACACUUUCUUACACGUAUUUCGACUGCUAAAGUCCCCAAGUUUGGAGCUUAAGCUGUACCAUCACGGAUUAUGUGAAGAACAAGUUAGAUGUGUAAUCAUCAAAAUUGGUUAAUUGGGUAUCUUAAUUCUUUUGAUAAUGUUUUUUUUUUUUGGGUAGUUCUGCUUGUGCACUUGUGUUACAAAGAUAGAACAGAUAUGAUAUCAUGUUGCAUGCUUUGUUAAUCUUGUAGAAGAUGAAAUUAAUAGAAUAUGAUAUUAAUGCUUUUAAGGGUUGCAUCUCUAAAUAAUAUAAGUUGGUUUUAA